AAAAAAAAUUGACAAAUAAUAGUAAAUUUUUAUUAUUUGUUGUAGCUGUCGUUAUUACUUAUUCGAUAAUGUACAUAUUUUAUACAAAUUAAGUGUUUGAAAAAUAUAUAUACUCGCACUAUGAUAUUGUUACUCUGAUACGUUGUUUAUUUUAGAUAAAAUGAAUUAUUUAACAGUUGAUUCCGCAACAACAUCGACCUGCCCUGACAAAAAUGAAGCAACUAAUAAUGAAGAUCUUGAAGUGGACAACUCGCAAAGUGUUUUGCUCAAGAUAGCAACUCUGUAUGCAGAGCAGCUGAUGAGUGAUUUGAUCCUGGAGGUGGGAGGGGUUGGUUAUCCCGCCCACAGGCUCAUAUUGUGUGCCAGCAGUGAAGUAUUCCAGGUUAUGUUAAUGAAUCGUGAAUGGAGUGAGUGGCGUGAAAGCCGUAUAAUAUUGCAGGAAACGCCCACCGGUGCAUCUGUCUUCCCUCACUUCCUGAAGUAUUUUUAUACCGGCCAAAUUAGAAUAUCGCAUCAAACUGUGCUUCCCGUGCUGUCUCUUGCUGAUAAAUACAAUGUUAAGGACCUGGUUACCCUCUGUCUGAGUUACAUGUCGCAGCACAUAGCGCAGGCGGCAAAACGAGGAAAACUUAUCGCCUGGAUGCAGUACACCAUGGCGUGUGGCCAUAACGAUGUUGCCAAGGCUUGCCAGAACUUCGUCAAGUGGAACAUGGAGUGGUUGGUAGACAGCGAGCUGGCGGAGCUAGAGGAUGACACGCUGCUGCUGCUGCUGCAGCACAGCGACCUCGUGCUGCACAACGAGAUGACACUCUACCAAUUUGUGGUGCGUUGGUUGAAUAAACAGAAAGAAAGGUUGAACACGAGCGACCUCUCUGAGAGCGAGUUGAAAGCGCACUGGGACUCCCUCGUCACUACCGUCUUCUCACAUGUCCGAUUUCCUAUGAUGUGUCCGAAUCAAUUGGCGAAGUUGUUGCUCUGUCCGUUGACGCAGGAACACAAAGAAUUCUUUAUGGAACGAAUGGCGAUUGCAAUGAGUUAUCAAUCAGGUCAAUAUGAAAGAAUAGCAGAAGUACAAGAGACGGAAUCCGGACGAAUGCUUUUCACGCCCCGUCUGUACACCGAGGACACUUGGGGAUUGGUCCUCGCUGUUGAUAAUUUCCACUCCUUGCCAUGUUAUCAUACAAGGACAUUUAUAUUCUCAACCAGACCCUCGAUAGCUGACGUGGCCGCUGACAAGCUUACGGAGUGGACAGUGGAUCUUUAUCCCAAAGGGGUCUGGUUCAGGAAGAGCAUGCUCAUUGUAUGGGCUGUGACGUAUGAUGUGCCGGAAGUGGUCCUGCGUACGGUGCGUAUCUCAAUCACGUGCCAAAAUUGUCCGGAACAGCAAGAUAACAACUACGAGUACUGCGAGUACAACGAGCCCGAUGUCAGAGUAAAGAUAGGUAUCCUAGUAUGGGGGGUACAAAAUGGCGUCGAACACGUGGCGUCCGUCGUCGAGAGAGUGCACAGAUUUUCUGCUCAAAAUAGAGUGCUGAACAUCGACGGCGCGCUGGACUUCGACGAGCUCAACACGCCGCUCUACUCGCCCGCCGGCCCCGCGCCGUACGGACGUUGUCCAAAAUGCUCGGACAUCUGCGACCCGCCCGAACCCAAACACCUGUUGGGUCCCAACAGAGACCAGCUGAGGAUACAAGUAGUGAUAGUUCCUCUGACAGACUUCUGCCACGUGGGCGCGUCCGACACCAACGGAUGACCGUCCGUCGCAACGCGGAUGAGUGACAGUGUUGCCAACCUUUAAGAAGCAUUUCUCCCCAUUCAUUGAAAUAAUACAUUUAUAUUAUGUUAAAAAAAAGCAAAGUAAGUACUGCAAGCAGCAAUAAACAUAAAAUUAAGACAGAAUUUCUCUAAAAAAUAUUUUUCCGGAAAAAACUAAAAAAAUUGUUGCCCAUAAAAAUACCACAUUUCGUCUGACUGACCCCAAAUAUAGGGGGAAAACCCCCCAAGUUAGCAACACUUCUGAGCGAAUAUUGUACAAGCUAUAAUUCGCUACAUGUAAAUAUAUGUGACGAAUAUUCGGGCGAAUGUUGUAAUUUAUAUUAUUUAGUGUUGUAUCGUGUGUGUGAUGUUUUGCCGGUUUUUAAACGAAUUAAUGGAUACAUUUAUUUUAGUUCAAUGUAAUUAAAUAAUAAAUAACGGAGUUGUGAUUAUUGUACUAUGUUAUAGUGUAGCUUAAAGUACGCCUUAAGUCAUUUAAGUAUUACGUAAAAAAUAUUAGAUAGAAAGCUUGAGGCAUUUUUAUUUAUAAACUGAUACCCAUCUCUAUUUUAAUUUUCGAACUCAAAAGUUUUGAUGUUUUUUUUUUUAUUAUUCUUUUAAUUUUUAUCCCUUCGACAGCAAAAAAGAAAAAAAUAUGUUUGCGUAGUACUUAAAUGUCACUGCCGACACGUUUAUUCGAAUGUAUUUGUUAUUCAGUCAGUAGAUAAUAAAUAAGUCAAUGAUUUACAGUAAUUAAGAAUUUUUAUUGUGAAAUAAAUUGAUUUAAUUCUUUAAUUAAAAUAGUUUUUGAACGUUUUUCAAUGUUAUAAUAUCAUUAAGUCAACUCAGCAAUGUGACUUUCUAUACAGCGCCAUAUUGUUUUGUUACUGUUGUUUGUCGUAUUUUUAUGAUUUAAAUUUUGUCUUCGGAAAGAAGCGCAAUAAUUUUAAGGUAAUAAGACGUCAUAUUGUUAUAUUUGAGUAUUAAUUAAAUGUAUUAAAUAUU